UUAUACUACGCACAUAAACAUUUCUUCAAGUAAAAGCUUGGCGAUAAUUGACUAUUGCGUUUACAGGCGAAAAUACAAAAUCGGGUAAAAAUGGGAUUAAAAGAAGAAACAAUUGAUUACUAUGAACUUCUUGGGAUAUCAGAGGGUGCGCAAGACGCAGAUAUUCACCGCGCAUGGAGGAAAACGUCUUUAAAGUAUCAUCCGGACAAAAACCCAGAUGAUCCAAAUGCCGCUGAGAAGUUCCACUUACUACAAGUCGCUUACAAUGCUUUAACAGAUACAAAGACGCGUCAAGCGUACGAUACUGAACGGACAGCUAAGCUUGCUCGUCAGAGACGUGAAGAAGCGUUUGAUCUGAAUAGGAGAACAAUGGCUGAUAAGUUAAAGGACAGAGAAAAAGAAUUUUAUUUUUCUGAACAACAAAAAGAUUUAGAAAACAGAGGCUUACGGGAAAAGUUACGUUCCUUACAAGAGCAAAGUGCUAAAUUACGACGAGAACGUGAAGAGAGGUUGUUUCAAAGUGAAGAAUCAAACAAAAGAAAAAGAGAAGAAAUUCCUGAGAAAAGUCGGUCAAUCUCUGAUCUUGAUCGAUCUGUGAAGGUUCGUUGGAAGAGAAAGUAUAAUAACCAAGUCGAUGAAUCUUUCCUACGUUCUUUUUACUCUAAUUUUGGUUGUAUACGUGAUCUUAUAAUUCAAAAAACUGUUAAUGAUGACAAAAAAUACGUUUAUGCUAUUCUUGUUUUUGAUACUUUAGACGCCGCUUAUUCUGCAGUAACAGCAAAAGCUCCUUCUGUCAUUAAGGAUGCUCAGUGGUUGAAGCCCUUAGAUGGGAAGCAAAUAUUUGAUGAAAAGAAACCUAAAACAUCAAUGGAUUACGAAGAAUUAACGAUGUUGCGAAUGAAACAAAAACAACGCGAAAGGGAACAGGAAUUGAAAGCAACAGCAACCGAAUCUUAAAAUAAUACCUAUAUUUAUUUUGUAAACGUUGAAUAAAAGUAAAGAAGUUUUCUUAAUUCUGUAUCAUUUGAAUGGCUAACUAUGGAGUGUUCUAACUGGCAACAAUGGCGAAUGGAACCUUCCACCUUACUCAAGGUUGAUCUGAUGG